UGUUUAGUCGAUUUGAGGCAUUCCACAUUUGAAAAGAAAUUCGCCUGCGACGGUAAUAACUGUUUGCGGCGCGCUACACUUUUGUUUUGAUCCGAUUGUUAUCCUAUUUUUUUUAUCCACAGAGAAUAAACGAAUCUACAAUUCACCCAGAAGCAUAGGAGCUCGACGUUGUGCUCAACAAUGUACUUGGUUUCUAUCCUUUUCGCCAGUCUGGCCGUCACACCGCUAGUUCUUAAAACUUUCUUUCCUUACUUCUGGAAAGAUGCCUUCUACCUCGCGGACUUGGUUCGGAUUUUGCUGAAGUUUGUUUUACGGAGGAGAAGGAAACCGUUAUUUUUGGUUUUGGACCGUUUUUUGGAGCAGUCCGCCGCUCAUGCGGACAGACCGUUCAUCGUGUUUGAAAAUAAAACCUAUUCGUAUCAGGACACGGACAGAAGAAGCAACAAAAUAGCCAACGCUUUACAGAGGCACUCGGAGCUGCGACCGGGGGAUACCGUGGCUCUUUUUAUGGGAAACGAACCUGCCUUCAUCUUCACCUGGCUGGCCCUGGCCAAACUGGGAUGUCCCGUAGCGCUUCUCAACCAUAACAUCAGAUCUAGAUCUCUGCUGCACUGCUUCAACUGUUGCAGCGCCAAGCUGCUCAUAGCAGCCGCGGAGCUGCAGGAAGCGGUGGAGGAGGUGCUUCCAUCACUGAGGGAGCAGGGUGUGUGUGUGUACCUGAUGACUAAACAGUGUGACACACCUGGCAUGGAGGGCUUCUCUGACCAGGUGGAGGAAGCAUCGGACACACCUCUCCCUCAGUCCCUCCGCUCGGACAUCACCUUCAAAAGCCCUGCUGUCUACAUCUACACCUCUGGGACCACAGGUCUGCCUAAAGCAGCGGUGGUUAAUCAGAACCGUCUUCUGGCUGCCCUGGCCGUGCUGGACUCCACCGGUGUCACGCCUGGUGAUGUCAUCUACCUCAACCUGCCCCUCUACCACACCGCCGGCUUCAUCAUCGGCUUCAUAGGAUCCAUCGAGACAGGCUCGACCAUCAUUCUGAGGAGGAAGUUCUCGGCCUCUCAGUUCUGGGAUGAGUGCAGGAAGUACAACGUUACCGUGGUCCAGUACAUAGGAGAGGUGUUACGCUACCUCUGCAACACACCCAAGAGAGACAACGACAGAGAGCACAAAGUCAGGCUGGCCAUUGGUAACGGUGUGAGAGCAGAGAUAUGGAAGGAGUUCCUCAACCGCUUUGGGAACAUGGACGUGAGGGAGUUUUAUGCUUCAACUGAGGGCAACGUGGGAUUCGUCAACUACACCGGGAAGAUAGGAGCUAUCGGACGAGUCAACUACCUACACCGGAAGCUGUUUCCUUAUGCUCUGAUUAAAUACGACACAGAGAGAGAUGAACCAAUCAGAGACUCUACCGGACUGUGUGUAGAAGCUCCUAAAGGUGAGACAGGACUGUUGGUGUCGAAGAUCACAGACAUCGCUCCUUUUGUUGGAUAUGCUAAGAACAGCCAGCAGACAGAGAAGAAGAGACUGAGAGACGUGUUUCAGAAAGGAGAUCUGUACUUUAACAGUGGAGACCUGCUGAAGAUAGACCAGGACAACUUUAUUUACUUUCAGGAUCGAGUCGGAGAUACAUUCAGGUGGAAGGGAGAGAACAUAUUCUAUUAUAUUGACUGGAGUUGUAUUGACCCCUACAGGUGGAAGGGAGAGAACGUGGCCACAACUGAAGUAGCUGACAUCCUCACCCUGAUAGACUUUGUCCAAGAGGCGAAUGUCUACGGCGUCCAAGUACCAGGCCACGAGGGGAGGAUUGGAAUGGCUGCCGUCACGGUGAAGGAGGGAGAACAGUUUGAUGGCAACAAAACGUUCAGCCAUGUAGCCAGCUACUUACCGGCGUAUGCACGGCCACGCUUCAUACGCAUUCAGAAUGCGGUGGAGGUGACGGGGACCUUCAAGCAGAUGAAGGUGAGGUUGGUGGAGGAAGGUUUUGACCCGGCCUGCAUCCCAGACCCUCUGUACAUCCUCCAGGAGAGAAAGCAGAGCUACACACCAAUGUCUGGCCAGGUCUAUAGCUCCAUAGUGUCCGGCAACAUCAAGCUGUGAACACAUCUGAGCUUCAACUACUCUUGGGUCCUGUUCAUUAGGGCAUAAAAUGGAAAACGUUUCAAAAAAACGUUUCGCAACGGAAAACAAAAAUGAGCAUUACUUAGUCCCUACCUGUUUUAGUCCACGCCAGCCCAGGACCUCCACAUCCGGCUUCUUCACCUGCGGGAUCGUCUGAGACCAGCCACCCGGACAGCUGAU